CCGGAACAUCAUGCAGCAAAACCAUGCCGAUGUCAUCUCACUGGAAGACAACGAGUGUGAAAUAAUCUACCCUGGAGAAAAACCUCACUACUACGCCAUCUACGGCAAAAGCUUUGGUGACAAAUCCAACCUCAUUAACCGUGAGAGACAAAAUGUGGUGGAGAAGCGGUACAAAUGCCCCGACUGUGGGAAAUGCUUCAAGAAACGAUCGGCCCUCCUCACCCAUGAGAGAACCCACACAGGAGAAAAACCAUAUACAUGCCCUGAGUGUGGAAACAGCUUCAGUAACAAAUCCAGCCUAACAAGGCACAAGAGGAAACACACUGGAGAGAAACCCUUUGGCUGCGUAAUCUGUGGGAAAAAGUUCAGCCAGAGUUCGAGCCUGAUUAGGCAUGAAAGGAACCACACCGGAUUGAAACCCUAUAAGUGCUCGGACUGUGGCAAGAGCUUCAAGCAGAGUUCCAGCCUCCUAGUCCAUGGGAGAACCCACACGGGAGAGACGCCGUAUAGCUGCUCCAUCUGUGGGAAAAGUUUUUCCCAAAGUUCCAACCUAGUGAAGCAUGAGAGGAUCCAUACCGGCGAAAAGCCCUACCGGUGUUCAGACUGUGGCAACACCUUCAGUAACAAAUCUAGCCUGACGAGACAUAAGAGAAACCACACAGGACUGAAACCGUAUAAAUGUGCACACUGUGGGAAAAGGUUCAAGCAGAGUUCUGGCCUCCUUAAACACGAGAGGAUCCAUGUGCGACCAAACUUACCGAAACCCUCUGAGGCUGGCAGGAGAUUUAAUCAGAAUUCCACCCUGGUUCCUGCCAACUCAGGAGACACUGUGGAAGUGCUCAUUCCAUGA